UCGUGCUCGUGAAUGUGACACGCGCCCUACUGGUACAGUGACGUCACUAAACCACUCCAACCAAGGCGAAGGCCUCUCGAAACGGCCUUACAAGUUUAAUACGUUAAAUGGUGUCUGGUUGUGCUUGUUGCGGCUGCCUUUUGUUUAUUUGAAACUUGUACCCCAUUCGAUAAGCGAGUUUAAAUUUGUGUGUGCAUAGAUAAGGGAUUGAUUGCGUCACUGUAGCGCGUGUGUUUAAAUAAUCUCAAACCAGAUUCAUCUGCACCAUAAGAUCUGCACAUUGAAAAGUAGAACACACCACUUCCCUUUCAUUAAUUUUAAUUUGUACGUUUUUGCUUUGUAGACUUCAAUCAAUAGAUUCUACAAAAUGAAAGAUGUUAUUGAUGUCAUGGAAUUGCAAAGAGAGAAAACUCGCAGAGUACAAAGCCUUGAUUAUCGUCAACUAGAUUUUGCUGCAGGAUUUACUCCCGCUCGCUUUAUCUUUGAAUGUGGAAUAAAAUUGCACGCUCAACCUUUAACUAUUGCCAGUGCGACAAUUCUCAUGCAUAGGUUCUUCAAAGAAGUUGAUCCCACUAAUUAUGAUUGCUAUCUAAUUGCCGCCUCAACAUUGUAUUUGGCCGGAAAAGUAAAAGAUGACGCCCUCAAAAUUCGCGAUAUCAUAAACGUAGCACAUAACACUCUCCAUCGGGGAAGCAGCCCUUUGGAGAUUGGUGAUGAGUACUGGAAUAUGAGGGAUGCUAUUGUUCAAGCUGAACUAUUAAUAAUGAGAAUCUUGAAAUUUGAAGUUUCUAUUGUACAUCCUCAUAAAUACAUGCUGCACUAUUUGCGUUCAAUGGAAGGCUGGAUCGGAAAAGAUAAGUGGAAUUGCAUCCCAAUAGCGCGGACUGCUGCUUCAUUCUUACAAGACUACCACCAUGACUCCACAAUUUUAGACUACGCGCCACAGCAUAUCGCGAUAGCGUGUAUUUCAUUAGCGUUACAAUGUUAUGGAGUACGUCUGCCACUCAUUGAAGAUAAUGAGGAUGAAGCGUGGUACACAAUGUUUGCAAAGGAUCUGCAGAAGGAUAAACAUUGGGAAAUUAUGGAAAAAAUAAUGGAGGUGUACAAUAAAGAACCCGAAAAUGCAUGAGUAUUGUUCUUUGACUGUACUAAAUAGAAGUUCUCAGUAUUUUAAAUGAUUUUGAUAAUUUUUAAUUGAUAAUAAACAAUUUUUUCAAACUUUGA